ACUGGGAGACACAACUUGAAACCAAAGAAUCAACUACAAGGCCCUGCAUUACUGAAGAUUUAUCCUAUGGGGUAAUAAUGGAAAGGGAAGGUCUCUGGCUUUCUUCUUUAGGGGAAACCUGGGAACAUGAUAAUUGGUUACAGGGGCAACAGAAAAACCAGGAUAGACAUCUGGGCCAAGUGGCAGUUACCCGUAAGGAAACCCCCACUGAGAGAAGGGUGUAUGGAGGUAAUGAAUUUGAAAGAUGUUCCAGUCAGGGUUCAAUCCUUGAUACACAACAAAGUAUUCCUAUGGGAGAAAGGCCCCAUAAUCAGAAUUCACAUGGAAAAGACUCCAAACAAAAUUCUGAAUUAAUAAAAUCUCAAAGAAUGUUUGUAGGAAAGAAAAUCUAUGAAUGUAAUGAAUGUGGAAAAGCCUUCAGCCAGAGCUCGUCCCUUCUUAAGCACCAGAGGAUUCAUACUGGGGAGAAACCCUAUAAGUGUAAUGUAUGUGCAAAGCACUUCAUUGAACGCUCCUCCCUUACUGUACAUCAAAGAAUUCAUACUGGAGAGAAACCCUACAAAUGUAAUGAAUGUGGGAAAACCUUCAGUCAGAGCAUGAACCUAACUGUUCAUCAAAGAACUCAUACUGGCGAGAAACCCUAUCAGUGUAAAGAAUGUGGAAAAGCUUUCCGCAAGAAUUCAUCCCUUAUUCAACAUGAAAGGAUUCAUACUGGCGAAAAACCCUACAAAUGUAAUGAAUGUGGGAAAGCUUUUACCCAAAGCAUGAAUCUCACAGUACAUCAAAGAACUCAUACAGGAGAAAAACCCUACGAAUGUAAUGAAUGUGGAAAAGCCUUCAGUCAAAGCAUGCAUCUUAUUGUCCAUCAGAGAAGUCACACUGGAGAAAAACCCUAUGAGUGUAGUGAAUGUGGAAAAGCCUUUAGUAAGAGUUCGACUCUUACCCUGCAUCAGCGAAAUCACACUGGAGAAAAACCCUACAAGUGUAACAAAUGUGGGAAAUCCUUUAGCCAAAGUACAUACCUAAUAGAACAUCAGAGACUUCAUUCUGGGGUAAAACCUUUUGAAUGUAAUCAGUGUGGAAAAGCUUUCAGUAAGAAUUCAUCCCUUACUCAACAUCGGAGAAUCCAUACUGGAGAGAAGCCGUAUGAGUGUAUGGUAUGUGGAAAACAUUUCACUGGGCGAUCAUCCCUUACUGUACAUCAAGUUAUUCAUACUGGAGAGAAACCUUAUGAAUGCAAUGAAUGUGGAAAGGCCUUCAGCCAGAGUGCUUACCUUAUUGAGCAUCAAAGAAUUCAUACUGGUGAGAAACCCUAUGAAUGUGAUCAGUGUGGAAAAGCCUUCAUUAAGAAUUCAUCCCUUAUAGUGCAUCAGAGAACUCAUACAGGAGAGAAACCCUAUCAGUGUAAUGAAUGUGGAAAAGCCUUCAGUCGGAGUACAAACCUUACACGACAUCAGAGAACUCAUACGUGAGGAAAGGACCAGGAAUGUGAUGAAUCUGGGAAGCAGCACACCAUGAGUUCAUCUUUCGUUCAAAGUCAGGGAUUUCAAUCUAGCAAAAAAGCCUUUGAGUGUAGUGAGUGUGGAAAAGUCUUCACUAAAAGUUCAACCCUUAAUAAACAUCAGAAAAUUCAUACUGAAAGACUUAAUGCAAAUCAGAAAACUCUUAUUAAAGAGAAACGAUAUGAAUGUAGAGAAUGUGGGAAAGCCUUUCACCAGAGUACACACCUUAUCCAUCACCAAAGAAUUCACACUGGUGAGAAACCAUAUGAAUGUAAAGAAUGUGGCAAGGCCUUCUCAGUGAGCUCCUCGCUUACUUAUCAUCAGAAAAUUCAUACUGGAGAGAAACCUUUCGAAUGCAACUUAUGUGGAAAAGCUUUUAUCCGAAACAUACACCUUGCCCACCAUCAUAGAAUACAUACUGGAGAGAAACCUUUCGAAUGCAACUUAUGUGGAAAAGCUUUUAUCCGAAACAUACACCUUGCCCACCAUCAUAGAAUACAUACUGGAGAGAAACCUUUUAAAUGCAACAUAUGUGACAAAGCCUUUGUAUGCAGGGCACAUCUUACCAAACACCAGAAUAUUCACAGUGGAGAGAAACCCUAUAAAUGUAAUGAAUGUGGGAAAGCCUUCAAUCAGAGUACAAGUUUUCUUCAGCAUCAGAGAAUUCACACUGGAGAGAAGCCCUUUGAAUGUAAUGAGUGUGGAAAGGCCUUCAGAGUGAACUCUUCCCUUACUGAACAUCAGAGAAUUCAUACUGGAGAGAAACCUUAUAAGUGUAGCGAAUGUGGGAAAGCUUUCAGGGAUAAUUCAUCCUUUGCUCGACAUCGGAAAAUUCAUACUGGAGAGAAACCUUACAGAUGUGGUUUGUGUGAGAAAGCCUUCAGGGACCAAUCAGCCCUAGCCCAGCAUCAGAGAAUUCACACUGGGGAAAAACCCUACACGUGUAACAUAUGUGAGAAAGCCUUCAGUGACCACUCAGCCCUUACUCAACAUAAGAGAAUUCAUACGAGAGAAAAACCCUACAAAUGUAAGAUCUGUGGGAAAGCCUUUAUCCGAAGCACACACCUUACUCAACAUCAGAGGAUUCACACAGGAGAGAAACCCUAUAAAUGUAAUAAAUGUGGGAAAGCUUUCAACCAGACUGCCAACCUAAUUCAGCAUCAGAGGCAUCAUAUUGGAGAAAAGUGAUGUGACUGCAGUUUAGAUGGAGAAGCUUUGAGACUGAAUAUAUUAGGUAUUUAAUGUAAGAGAAUCCAUUCUAGAGAAUAACUAUGAACGCUUACCUGGGGAUAGUCAUUUUAUUUACUGAGAGUCAACCUUCACAAUAUUGUGGGUUUUCACAAUUUAGGAAUGGCAAACACGCCAUAAUUCAGUACAGCCUCAACUGAACAGCAGUACUGUUUAAUUAGUUUGAAUUACCAAGUAUCAGAAUCAAAAUGGAGCUUCAUUAACAA